AUGCGAAGAGAGAUGUUCGAGUUCGCCAUAGAUCGCGGCGGCACGUUUACCGACGUCUACGCCAGGUGUCCGGGCGGCAAAGUUCGAGUGAUGAAACUACUGUCGGUGGAUCCCGCUAACUACGAGGAUGCGCCGCGCGAAGGAAUUCGCAGGAUCCUCGAACAGGAAACCGGUCAGAAAAUCAAUGGAGAGAUCGAUACUUCAUUAAUCUCUUGGAUUCGAAUGGGUACGACUGUUGCGACGAACGCGUUGCUGGAAAGAAAGGGCGCGAAGAUGGCUCUCCUGAUAAAUGAGGGCUUCAAAGACCUUCUUUUCAUUGGAAACCAAGCACGGCCUAAUAUAUUCGACCUGAAAGUGGUCACACCGGAAGUUCUUUACAAGGAGGUCGUAGAAGUGAAGUGUAGGGUAAUACCUGCUUUACCCGAUAGAUGUUGCAUGGAUACUAAACGCUGGCGAAAAGUUAAAGGUUCUACGGGUGAGGAGUUGCUUGUAACACAAGAACUAGAUGAGGAAAGACUGAAACAAGAUCUGGAGCAGUUGCGACGAUCAGGGAUCGAGAGUUUAGCGGUAGUUCUAGCACAUAGUUACAUGUUUGCUGGACAUGAAGUUAGAGUUGGAGAACUGGCGAGGGAAGCUGGCUUCCCUCAAGUGUCCCUUUCCCACGAAGUUAUGCCCAUGACGAGAAUUGUUCCUAGAGGCUUUACUGCUUGCGCUGACGCGUACCUAACGCCGCAUAUUAAACAGUAUUUAGAGGGUUUCUCUUCUGGAUUCAAGGAUAAACUUAAAGGAGUGAAUGUUUUAUUCAUGCAGAGCGAUGGUGGACUGACUCCUAUGAACUCGUUCAACGGAUCCCGAGCUAUACUUUCUGGUCCAGCCGGUGGGGUGGUUGGUUAUGCGAUGACCACUUACGGCAAGGAAACCAAUUUACCAGUGAUCGGGUUUGAUAUGGGCGGAACUUCCACAGAUGUAAGUCGUUACGGUGGUAGCUACGAACAUGUGUAUGAGAGCACCACGGCUGGCGUAACGAUUCAAGCCGCGCAGUUGGACGUGAACACAGUAGCGGCAGGGGGUGGAUCGAUGCUUUUCUUCAGGUCGGGAUUGUUCGAGGUCGGACCUAGAAGUGCGGGAGCUCAUCCUGGUCCCGCUUGUUACAAGAAGAACGGCCCUUUGGCAGUGACCGAUGCGAACCUGGCGUUGGGAAGGCUGUUGCCCGAGUACUUUCCAAAGAUAUUUGGUCCUAAUGAAAAUGAGCCACUAGAUAAAUCGCGGACGCUCGACGCAUUCAACACACUAACCAAUGAAAUAAACGAAUUUCUAGAGAGAGAAGGACAAAAAUCGAAGAGUAAGAUGACAAUCGAAGAAGUGGCAAUGGGAUUCAUCAGAGUCGCCAACGAAACAAUGUGUAGACCAAUAAGAGCUUUAACACAGGCAAAGGGGUACGACACUUCUCGUCACGUUUUAGCUUGUUUCGGAGGUGCCGGAGGACAGCAUGCGUGUGCGAUUGCACGGUCGCUCGGAAUGGGCACAGUUUUCGUUCACAAAUAUGCAGGAAUUUUGUCAGCCUAUGGUAUGGCCUUAGCUGACGUAGUAGAGGAGGCUCAAGAGCCUAGCGCUGAGACUUAUGAUACUGAAUCUUUCGCACGCCUGGACGAGCGAUUGGACGCUUUAGGAAAAAGAGUUCGAGCCAAGCUAUUGAAGCAAGGCUUCUCCGAUUCUCACAUAGUCAUUCAGCCAUUUUUACAUCUACGUUACCAGGGAACGGACUGCGCACUGAUGUGCCCACCAAAUCGGAAGGGGAAUGAAAAUAAGGGCAUGAAGCACGGUGAUUUUCUGACUACGUUCCUAGAAAGGUAUCAGACAGAAUUCGGUUUUACCAUGCCCAAUCGAAAAAUUUUGGUAAACGAUGUGAGAGUGCGGGGUGUGGGGAAGACAGAUGUAGAAGAGGAUCCGAUUCUAUCCUCAUCUGAAGAACCUCCGAAAGUAGAAAAGACAACCAUGAUCUAUUUCGAGACUGGUUACCUAGAGACGAAAGUGUACCAAUUAGUUUCUCUGUCGCCUGGACACACGAUUUCUGGACCAGCUAUUAUAAUGGACAGCUUAAGCACCCUUCUAAUCGAACCCGAUUGCAACGCAUCGAUCACUCCUCGCGGCGAUGUCAAGAUAACGAUCGGUCAAGGCCUGAGGACGGAGGUCACGACCGAUUUGGAUGCAAUACAACUCAGCAUUUUCUCCCAUCGAUUUAUGAGUAUCGCCGAGCAGAUGGGCAGGAUACUUCAGAGAACCUCGAUCUCGACGAACAUAAAGGAACGACUGGACUUCUCCUGCGCGGUUUUCGGGCCGGAUGGAGGACUCGUUUCCAAUGCACCCCAUAUACCGGUUCAUCUGGGCGCCAUGCAGGAGACGGUGCAGUACCAAAUGAGAGCGUUCAAGGGUGAAUUUUCGAGAGGCGAUGUCAUACUCGCAAACCAUCCAUCAGCCGGCGGAUCUCAUCUUCCGGAUUUCACUGUCAUAACUCCCGUAUUUUACAAAGACGUAGAAAAACCGGUAUUCUUCGUGGCUAGCAGAGGUCAUCAUGCUGAUAUCGGUGGAAUUACACCUGGUUCCAUGCCACCGCACUCUACCACGUUGCUCCAGGAAGGAGCUGCUUUUAAAAGUUUCCUCUUGGUGCACAAAGGGGUUUUCCGCGAGAAAGAAUUAACGGAAGAGUUGAUGGCCCCGGGAAAGAUUCCAGGAAGUUCUGGAACUAGAAAUCUCUCUGAUAAUCUAAGUGAUUUGAAGGCGCAGAUCGCGGCUAAUCACAAGGGUUCAUUGUUAGUAAACGAAUUAAUCGACAUAUACGGUCUAGAUGUCGUCCAAGCCUACAUGGGUCAUAUCCAACAAAACGCUGAAAUGGCUGUGAGAGAUAUGCUAAAAUCCGUAGGGAGAAAGCUUCUCGAAGAAACUGGCAGUACCAUUGCAACUGCGGUGGAUUAUAUGGACGAUGGAAGUCCCAUUAAGUUCGCUUUGGAUAUUGACAUCGAGAGGGGCGAGGCUGUCUGUGAUUUCACUGGAACUGGGUACGAAGUGUGGGGCAACUGCAAUGCACCCCGUGCUAUUACUUUGUCUGCUUUAAUUUAUUGUUUGAGAUGUAUCGUUGGUCGAGACGUUCCUUUAAAUCAGGGUUGUCUCAAGCCCGUGAAGGUAAUCAUUCCCAAAGGAUCCCUCUUAGACCCAUCAGAAGAAGCUGCAGUGGUAGGCGGCAACGUUCUAACGUCUCAACGCGUGGUAGACGUAAUUUUGCAAGCUUUCGGGGCAUGUGCUGCAUCACAGGGUUGUAUGAACAAUGUGACAUUAGGUACUGAAGAGUGGGGAUACUAUGAAACUGUCGCUGGAGGCAGUGGAGCUGGGCCAACGUGGGAUGGCAGAGGAGGAGUUCACACUCACAUGACCAAUACUAGGAUUACAGAUCCUGAGAUACUGGAGCUUCGGUAUCCAGUCAUCCUCAAUAAGUUUUCUCUACGUCCUAGAAGUGGAGGGGAUGGUGCUCACCGUGGAGGCGACGGUGUUGUCCGAGAAAUGACUUUCAGAACACCGAUGAUGCUAUCGGUAUUAACUGAAAGAAGAGUGCACAGUCCUCCCGGAUUGGCCGGUGGAUCGUCGGGCGAACGCGGAAAGAACACGUUGCACAGAGCGGACGGCAGGAAGAUCAACUUAGGCCCGAAGACUGCGGUCGCAGUCUGUCCAGGGGACACGUUUAUUUUGGAGAGUCCUGGUGGCGGCGGUUAUGGUUCGUCCGGUACAAGAGCUCCAUUAAUAAAAGAGAAUGUUCAAGGAUUUAUCGAACGAGGAAGCGUGUUCGAGUACCGAAAAGCUCAAGAGUCUGUUUAGCUGAUGCUUCGUCAAUUAACAAUGAAAUAUUAUAGACACAUAAAUUUCUCUAGUUUCUGUUAAU